GAGAAAUCUAUCUAUCUCAAACAAACAUUAAAAUCCAAACUCAAACAUCUAUCUGAGAUAAACAAUAUAAUGUACACAAACAUUUUAUGAGAGAAUUAAGAAUAAACUGAAGUGUUUUGAUAGAUCCAAUAAUGUCGGGUAUAGGCGGAUCACGAAGAAGGGCUAGACCAAGCAACGUCAUAUAUGAAGAGAUGGUGCCUGAUUUCGAGUGGAUUGAGGAUCCAACUAAUCAUUGGCUUGGUCUUGAAGUUCCAGGGUUCAGAAGGGAGGAGGUGAAACUUGAAGUUAACACUUAUGGCCUCAUAAAGAUUGCUGGAGAAAGGAAGAUAAGUGAGAUAAAGUAUAUAUGGUUUGAGCAAAUUUUCCAGGCCCCAGAAAAUUCAAAGCCUGAAGAUUGCAGAGUGGGGAUGGAAGAAGGGCUUUUCUAUGUUCAGAUACCCAAGAAGGCAACACAGAGAGUUCAAGCUUCUAAGACACCCAGAGCUGAAGAAGAAGAUGAUGCAGAUCAUCAAAAGGGCAAAAAGGUAAAUGACAGUGGUGGGGGUACAACUGAAAAAAUCCCAGCUUCUACCCCUACUAAACCACCCAGAGAUGAUGAUGAAGGUUCAGAUCAUGAGAAGGGCAAAAAGGUAAAUGACAAUGGUGGGGGUACAACUGAAAACAUUCCAGCUUCUACCCCUACUAAACCACCUAGAGAUGAUGAAGGUUCAGAUCUUGAGAAGGGCAAAAAGGUAAAUGACAGUGGUGAAUUUCCUAAUGAGAAUGAGGGUACAAUUGAAACUAUCCCAGCUGCUACUCCACUUGAGACACCCAAAGAUGAAGAAGAAGAAGAAGAUUCAAUUCAAGAAAAGGGCAAAAAGGGGAAUGGCAAUGGUGAUAUCCCUAAGGGUACAAGUGAAGAAAAAGAAUAUGAUGAUGCAAAAGGAGAAGAAAAGUCAAAUGGGGGCAAUUUUUUGGAAAAAGUUGCAAAGAGGGUGAAACAGAAUAUGGGAAUUUUCAUAACAGUUAUCCUCAUUCUUUCUGCAGGUGUUUUAGUGUCUCAAGAUAAUAAACGCAAAAAAGCCAAUAGUAAUGAUGAAAUAUUGGCCAAACUCGAUUCUCAAAAUCAUAACGAUGAUGAAUAGUA